AUGGGGGAAGGCGAGCAAAAUAUAGAAACCAAAAAUCAAAGCCUAUAAUAAUAAAGCACUAACGUAAAAUUCUUGCAUUCUUAUGGGAUAGUAAUUUAAUGGCUUUAUUAUAGAUUAUUAUGAUAAAUUGGAUUAAUUCGUUGAACUUGUACUUUCCUUAUGUUUUGAGUCUCCUGCCUUUUUUGUCUUUUCCUAGUCGUUUACUAAUGAACCCAGAUUAGUAUAUUAUGAUGAUUAAUCUAAUGGGCGAAAUUCAAUAAUUGCGCCAUGAAUUUUAUAUUAUUUCAAUAUAUGAAUAGUGUCAACUGAAUGACUUCUGGAAAACCAAUUAUUAGUAUGUAUAUAUGCUAUUUUCUUGA